AUGAUACCAUUUGGAAGAGAGAUUUCGACGUUUGUAGCGGGUCUCACGAGACGGCCAAAGUCUACAGAGUUGUCUCCAAGAGGGACGUACCGUGAAAAAGCAGCUGAUGUGUUGGACAAGGUUGAGUUUAUGAUCAAAGAAGAGGGAGAGGAUAAUGCUCUCGCUUCGUUGCAGUCAGAUGCUUACUAUGUUCACAUCAAAGCCCGGGGCACCGAAGGUACUUUUAUUCUCGUAGGAUCUACACUACAUUCGAAGCCGGGAGGCCCAUCCGCUGAAAUCUUUGAUGGUCUUGUCCCUGUUGCUUUCCUGAUCCCUCGCGGAGAACGUGGUGGACUGGCAGAACAUUGA